GAAUUACUUCCUCAUUGGGGAUUUUUCGGGGGCAUGUUCAACAUAAUCGCCGUCGCCUCUACAAUUCGCUGUCAUGCAGAACAGUCGAAAAGAACAUCUGUUCAAGAUACUGGUUAUCGGGGAUUUAGGUGUGGGGAAAACGAGCAUUAUACAACGAUAUGUUGACCAGAGUUUCUCGACGAAUUACAGAGCCACCAUAGGAGUCGACUUCGCCUUGAAAGUUUUGAACUGGGACUCAGAUACAGUCCGUCUACAGUUAUGGGACAUAGCAGGCCAGGAACGAUUUGGAAACAUGACCAGAGUCUACUACAGGGAGGCCGUGGGAGCCUUCAUUGUGUUUGACAUCACCCGACCAACGACUUUUGAAGCUGUGAAAAGGUGGAAGGAGGACCUGGACUCAAAAUUGACUCUAUCAAAUGGCAAGAGCGUCGCCAUCGUCCUACUGGCCAACAAGUGUGACCUGAACAGAGAUGAGCUGAAGAAUAAUGGCAUCAAAGUGGACCAGUUCUGCAAAGACAAUGGCUUUGUAGGCUGGUUUGAGACAUCAGCGAAGGAGAAUACCAACAUUGAUAGAGCAGCCAAUUGCCUGGUGAAGUACAUCAUUGCCAGUGAGAAUGACAUCCUCAAGUCAGUGGUACCUGACUCCAUUUCACUCCAGCUCAACUCAAGAAGAAACAGCAACUGCUCAGCCUGCCUGAAUUCCUAGGACUCGAUGCAGCAGGAUCCUACGACAGUGACGGAGUUGGUGGUCGGGCGUGGCUGAGAGUAAUGAGCUGCAACACAUACUCUCUUAUGUCUGGGUCCCAACAAUGCAGCAUCUGAACCACAAUUACAGAUUAAUGAAUUGCAAUACAGUGGCUGGUGGACGUGUGCUCUUACUGGCAGUCUAGCAGUUUUAAUACGUAUCCGUGUUGUGCAUAUUUGCCAUUCUGCAUGACGUGCAAAUGCUGCAAGGAUAGGGUUUGUUUUUCAUUUCACAUUUUACAAGUUUCUAUAAGACAUGCAGCUGUCAAAAAUUGUGUCUCGCUGUUUAACUGCAAAUUCAUGUGCAAUAUUUUCAUGUUUAAGAAGAGAUUUCCUGUCAUCUUGUUAAUGCACUAUCAUUCUGAGAUUAUUUGUUACAUUAUGAGAAACUGAAGCUCUCUGCACUCAUAACCUUUAGCUGCCAUUAGUCACUGUGGAUGAAAUUGUACAGGAGAGAGAUCACUAGUCUGUGUUUGCUAACAGCCUCCAUUAUUUCAUAUUUAUUUAUUUAUUUAUUAUUUUGGUUCUCGUUGCCAGCCCAGGUCCCAUAUCUUUUCCAUGGCUGGUACUGCUUAGCGCAAAAUCUGAAUUAUUUUGUCCUACACUGGGGAAAUACCUGGAUACACACAUAUACAGACAGAUGUACAGCACACACACACACACACACACACAAACCACAUACACAUUCAGUACCUAUAAAUGCAACCUUAUAGAUAUUUGGUUUGGAUCGAUUCUGACCCAAAACUGCCCCCCCCCCUCUAACACAGGUAACAUUCCCCAAUGUUUUUAUAAUGCCUGUAAUCUCACCAAGCUCUUUUCUGACUCAAUCGCUUUAUGUGAAACUCUUGACUGCAGGCUGUUACCUUUUUUAUAUAAACAUCCAGCAGUUUUAUCGAUCAAACGCCUUCUUGUCUUUUUAUGUAUUUUCAUGUGUGUUGUGCAGCUGCGCUCUGCUGUACUUAUUUAUAUAAAGACAAAGUAUUUUAUGUAACAGUAUUGUUUCUCUGGAUCUUGAAAUCCCUGUAUCUCCCAAAUAACGUUCCAGGGUUUUAUCAGUUCAGUCAUAACUACCGACAACAGCAGAAGUAUGGGACAUUUUUUUGUAACUCACCCAGUCCUUCUAAUUUUACUUAAGUGCAUUUGCUGUGAAUUAUCCAAUUGCAGAGAGAGGACACUGUGUCUCUGUUCCUGGGAAUGUGAACAGCAGUAGUAGAUUCUGCAGUGUCACUCCAACUUGCUGCUCUGCUGAGACCCCUGUACUGUAUAUAAUGUUCCUGUAUCUGCAGCAUUCUGUUGUUACCAAGACAACGACCUCACGGAACCAUAGUCCAUAUUUGUACAAUAAAUUCAAGGACAACUACUGAUGCUCUAUGAAAAGUGCACUAUUUAGCAGUACAUACAUGUUUUAGCCCUGAUUUUGGACAAAUACGUUCUCUCGAUUAUUUUCAAACAUUAAAUAAGAGCUACAGUUGACGCCUUCGACGGGCAGUCCAUGUUAAAGGCAGCUUUUAACAAACCACAUAACAAACCUUAUGGAAGCUUUACAAUGGCAAAUGACUUUCCCCAGUAACUAGGUGUUGAUUAAGUUGCAUGUUAUGCGUUGUCUCUUUAAAUGGAAAUAGGAGUUAUUUCAGUAUUUCCUAAGUGCUCAAACUGCCCAAUUAUGUUUAUUACCGCUGUGUAAAAGGGGCUUCUGGUUCUGUGCUAGUACUGCACAUCCCCUGCAAUAUGUGUGAAAAGCAAUAUAAAUAAAUUCCCUCCUUUGUAUCCA